GCAGCAGCAAAGAACGCGCAGCAGCCGCCGCACAAGGGCACGGGCCCUGCUGCUGCAGCGCUGGCAGCAGCAGCAGCAGCAGAAGGCAGCGCGCUGGCAGCAGCAGACCCGCUGGCAGCAACUCUAGCAGCAACAGAAGCAGCAGACUUCCCCGUCACUGUCCCUCCUGCUGCAGUGACCCCGCAGCAGCAGCAGCAGCUGCAGCAAUUCAGUUUAGAGCCCCAGUGGCUUCUGGGCAAAGGCCUGGGGGCCCUGCUGCGGCCCCGGGGCCUCGGGGGGCCCCCCAGCGAGCUGGCAGCAUUUGCUGCUGCUGGCUGGGCAGCAGACAUGGCCCCGCUGCAGCAGCUGCCGCACGAGACUGCAGCAGCAGCAGCAGCACGCCGCCUCCAGGCAGCAACUGUAAGGAUGUUUGCUGCUGCUGACCCCGACGAGUCCCCGCUGCAGUUCAAGCAGCGCAUGCAGCAGCUGCUGCAGCAGGCGCAGGAGCAGCAGCUGCUGCAGGACCAGCAGCCCGAGCUGCAGCAACUGCAGCAGCAGCAGCAGCAGCAGCAGGAGCAGGAGCAGGACCUACCCAGCUCCCCCGCUGCUGCUGCUGCUGCUGCUGCGCUGCAGCUGCAGCAGCAAGCCCUCAAGGCCCAGCUGCCUGUCUCCGUGCGGCAGCUGCUGAGCCGCUACGCCCAUAUGUCUCCGAAGGACUUUUCCCUCAAAGGCUCCAUUGCAGAGAACGCCGAGCUGAGGGCCAUUAGAGCAGCAAUUGAAGAAGCAGAAGCAAUUCAUGCAACAGAACGGUACCAGCAGCUGCUGGCAGCAACAGGAGAGGACACAGAAGCAGCAGCAGAGGAGCCAGCAGCAGCAGCAGCGGAGACAGCAGCAGCAGCAGCAGACGGGACGGGAGCAGCAGCAGAUGGGACGGGAGCAGCAGCAGCAACAGCCGCGCCAGACGCAAAAGCAGCAGCAGCAGCAGAGACAAAGACAGCAGCAGCAGCAGCAGCAGCAGCAGGAAAGCUGGGGGGGCAGGAGGGAGGCGUUGCUGCUGCUGCAGAUUUGCUGGAGCGUCGGCGGCGAGCUGCUGCAGCAACGAUUGAGCGCGCAGGCGCCGCGCUGGCCGCAGCAGCAGCAGAGCGGCUGGGGCCUGCAGCAGCAGCAGCAGCAGCAGCAGCAGCAGGCUGCUGCGUGUACCCCGGGCUGCUGGUGAAGGGCCGAGUGCAGCGCGUGCUGCAGCAAGCAGCAAUAAUAGACAUUGGAGUGAGCGUGGACGCUUUGCUGCUGGCAGCAGACGUGUGGCUGCCGCUGGAGCGCUGCAGCAGCAGCAGCAGCAGCAGCAGCAGCAGGAACCUGCGGCUGCUGCUGCAGCAAGGAGACACAAUCCACUGCGUUGUCUCCAAAGUCAGCAGCAAAUCUCUCCGAGUCUCUUUGCUGCCGCUCCGCCAAGUUGCUGCUUGGGGCACUUUGAUGCGCGCAGCAAAAACCCGAGAGACUCUCCCCGCACUCACCCAGCAGCUCAUCCCCGGUGAGCUAGCUAGCUAG